AUGGCAAACAAUGACUGGAUUAUUGCAUAUCCCUCAGAUCGUAGUGAAUACCUUCGCUUUGAGGGAUCUGAUCACCGACCUUUGGUAACCUCUUUCGACCAUGGAAAGAAAAAGAGAAAGGGGAUUUUCAGAUACGAUAUACGCCUUAAAGAAAAGCCUGAAGUUACAAAGUUGGUCAAGGAAGUUUGGACCUCUGAUCCUGAAGCAUCAGUGGAUCACCGUCUACACCUAUGCAGAUCAGCUAUCAUCAAAUGGAGUAAAACACAACUGCAAAAUAGCCAAAAAGAAAUAUCUUUUCUCAGGGAACAAUUGGAAGAGGCUAUGUGUGAUGAUGGCUCAAAUCAAAGCUUUAUAGAUGUGAUUAAUCAGAAACUGCUAAGAGCUUACAUACAAGAAGAGGAGUUCUGGAAGCAACGUAGUCGACAGUUGUGGCUUGCUUUAGGACACAAAAACUCGGGCUACUUUCAUGCUGAAACGAAAGGGAUAAGAGCAUUAAAUACUAUCUAUAUUAUUGAGACACCUACAGAAAUGAACAAUAGCUUGAUAGCCAUGCCAACCCCAAUGGAGAUCAAAGAUGGUUGUUUCUCGAUCCAUGAUGAUAAAGCCCCUGGUCAUGACGGAUUCUCUGCUAGUUUUUUUCAAACUAAUUGGGAGAUUGUUACUGAUGAGACCAUUGUCGAAGUUCAAUCCUUCUUCAUUACUUAA